AGCUUUUUAAUGGAACUGGCUGCAGGCAAAGGUCAGCUGGGAGAUAUUGAAAACUUAGCUGUUAAAUAUGGAAGGAUCAGUCCCAGCAAAUAUUCUGAGAUCCAGAUCUGGCUGGAAGAGAUCAACAGCAGGUGGGAACGCAUGGAAACUCUGAAGGAGGAGAAGGGCUCUGAGCUGAUUGGAGUGGCUGAUGUGAGGACCUUUCUUCAGGACUGUCAGAGCGUAGGAGUACUACUGCAAGACAAGAUGGUCCAACUCAGGGAUCUGGAACCAGGGAACUCACCAGCUGGGCUGGAGUCAGACAAGCGCAAACUGUCUACAGUGGAGAGAGAGGUCCUGGUGAUAGAGAGGAAAAUUGAAUACUUGAGGAGCGUUGCAAAAUCGAUUAAGGACACUAACCCUGCAGAGAGCAGGGCCAUCACUGAGCAGGUGCAGAACAUGGAGAGGCUUCUGGCAAAGUUCAAGCAGGAGACCCAGAAGAAGCAGGACAUUCUGCAGCAGGCCCAAAACCAACAGUCCUUCCUUCAAGACAGCCGCAGGCUGCUGCUGUGGGCGGAAGGCAUUCAGGAGAAACUGAGCAGUGAAGAAAUGGGUGUGGAUGUGGCUUCUGCAGAGCAAUUGCUGAAGGAGCAUCAGGACCUGCUGAAAGAAAUUAGGUCUCAGAAAGAAAGAUUUGUGCAGCUGGAAGAGCUAGGUCGCAAAGUAAUCCACGAACAACCCAGUAACAGCAGGACCAUAGAUGUACACCACUCCAUAGAGAGGCUUGCCAAGGAGAACAAACAGCUGGAGAAAAUGUGGGAACAGCGACAGAAAAAGCUGCAGGAUGGCCUGGAAUUGCAGAAGUUCAAUAGAGAGGGAGAUCGUAUCAAUGCAGCCCUCUCUGGACACGAGGCCUUUCUCCGGGGGCAUGACCUUGGGGACCACGUAGAUGCUGUUCGAAGCCUGCUGAAGCAGCAUCAGGAAUUUGAACAACUGCUGAUGGCACUGAAGAAACGAGUUGAAGCACUUAAUGGAAAUGGGGUGAACCUAAUAAAGAGCAGGCACUUUGCAUCUCACAUUAUUGAAGAGAGAAUGGUCACUCUCCAGCGAAGGUGGGAGCAGCUGAUACAAAGCAACGCCGAGAGAAAGCAGAGGUUGUUGGAAUCCCUACAGCUGCAGGAGUUUAAUCGUGAUGCUGCUGAGCUUUUGAUAUGGAUGGAAGAGAAGUACAAGAUUGCAUCAGAUGAAUCCUAUCGUGAUCCAACAAAUGUUCUACGCAAACUGAAGUGGCACGAGGCUGCUGAGAAGGAAAUGAUGGCUAAUGAGGAGCACUUUGCAACACUGAUAAAGAAAGGAAACCAACUGAUUCAAGACAACCAUUAUGCUGCAGUUUCUAUCCAGGAGAAGAUGUCAGAGCUUCAAAAGAAAUGGAAGGAAUUGUAUGGCAAAAUGAUAGAGCGAGGUGACAAGCUGAGACAAGCUGGGCAGCAAGAACAGCUCAUGGAACUGCUCCAGGAUGCCAAAAAGAAGAUAGAGAAAAUUGAGAAAGUUCUUCAGGAAUCUGAGACAGGCCAUGAUUUGCGCUCCAGCCGUGACCUACUCAAGCAGCACAGACAGCUGGAAAACGAGACACGUGAGCUGGCAGAGAAAAUGAACUCUAUCGUAUCUCAUGCGAGGAAAAUGGCCACCAAUCACUUUGACUCCCAGAGGAUUCUAGAUGAAACACAGAAAUAUCUGAAAAGGUUUGAGUCGUUGCAAGCACCUCUUGACGAGAGGCGCAAGUUGUUGGAAGCUGCAGUGGAUCUCUAUGAGUUCUACCAUUAUCAUGACAUGGAACUGAACUGGAUUAAUGAGCGAUUGCCUAUUGCCCAUUCCACCAAUUGUGGGAAGUCCUUGGAUGUGGCUCAAAGCCUGUUUCAAAAGCACAAGGAACUGCAGGCAGAAGUGAAUGCCCACAAACAGCAAGUCCAGCGCGUCCUGGAUAAAGGAAAGACCAUGGUUGUAGGCCAGCAUCCAUCAGCUCAGAAAAUAAGUGAGAAAUGCCAGGAGCUUGUGACUGCCUGGCAGGGCUUGGAGAAGGCCUGUGAGGAAAGGAUGAAGCAGCUGCAGCACUCAGUUGGCUUCCAAGAGUUUUUAAUGAAUACUUCAGACCUGGAGGCUUGGGUAGCAGAAAAAUAUCCACUUGUGACAAGCAAGGACUAUGGUAAGGAUGAAGAUGGAACACUGAAACUCCUCAAGAAACACAAGGCACUGGAGCAUGAGAUUGCCAUUUACCAAGAUUUGAUGAAAGAACUGAGUGAAAGUGCCCAAACACUUCCUCUUGUGGGCUCCAUCGAGUAUUUUGAGGUUGAUGCACCAAAGGAACAAGUUCAUUCAAGACUCCAAGAGCUGCAGGAACUAGCAGCAGCAAGAGGGAAGAAGCUGGAUGAAACUCUUGUCUUGCAUGAGUUUCUACGAGAAUAUGAAGAUCUGCAAGACUGGAUCAUUCAGCAGAAACAAACAGCCAGCUCGGAAGACUAUGGAAAUGAUUAUGAACAUAUCUUGCAACUUUGUGCCAAAUAUGACACAUUCCGACACCAGUUGGAAGCAGCUGGGAAAAGAGUUGUGGCUUGCCAGCAGCUGGCAAACAACUUGCUGAACUGUGGGCAUUCUGAGUCUCGGGAAAUUCGGCAGAAGCAGAAAGAACUAAGGAACUCCUGGGAGGAGCUGUUGGAAAUUACCAGAUUACGAGGUGAGCGGCUGAGAGAUGCUGAAGCAAUUCACAAGUGCUACCAAGAUCUGACAGAUGCUGUGGCCCAUAUUGAGGAGAAGUCCAAAAGCAUUCCAGAUGAUGUUGCUAAGGACAUGAGAGGAGUGCAAACUCAGCUUCGGAACCAUGUGGCCCUGGAGCACGAGCUCUCUGGGAAUGAGCAGCAGCUGCAGGAGCUGAUCCAUUCUGCAGAUCGCAUGCUGACCCAUUGCUCGAAGAGGCAGGUGGAAGAUCUGAAAGCAAAGCAGCAGGCAAUAGUGACCAACUGGAAGGCCCUGAAGUCUAAAGUGGAACUGCGCAAGAAACUUCUGGAACAAGCAUACAAGCUUUACCAGUUUCAGGCACAUGUGUGGGACUAUUUCUCAUGGACAGCAGAAAUAAUAAGGGAAAUGAGAGCCAAGGAGACAAUUCGGGACAUAUCUACUAGCAGCCUGAGACUUACCCAGCAUCAACAGCUACUGGCAGAGAUUGAAGCACGAGAAGAGAAGUAUAACCAUGUUGUACAGCUAGGACAGUCACUCUUGCAAGAUGAUGAAAUAGGAUCAAAAGAGAUUCAGAAGAAGCUACAGGCUCUGUUGGAAGAGAAAGAAAAUGUAUACAAUGAAUGGAAACAGAAGAAGGAGUGGCUGGAGAAAAUACACCAAGAACAAAUGUUCUACAAGGAUUGGGAUCAUCUGGACAUGCUUCUGAAUUCACAGGAGAUUUAUUUGAAAAGCAGUGACCUCGGAAGCUCUGUGGAUGAAGUAGAGCAACUGAUAAGGAAACAUGAGGCUUUUGAGAAGCUUCUGUCAUCACAGGAUGAGAAGAUGAUGUCUCUUCAAGAACAGGCAAGCAGGCUAGGAAAGGUUGGUGGACUGGAAGGGCUAAAGAUCCAGCACAAACUGAACACCAUUCGUGAAAGGAGGCAGCAGAUCAAGAAUCUAUCCCAGAGUAGGAGAGAGAAGCUACAGACUGCCCUUCUUCUGGCUCUUUUCUACCAGAACUUGGAAGAGGCAGAAGACUGGAUCAGUGAGCGCAUGCAGAAACUAGAGGAUCCUACCAUACAAGACCCCAGCAAUCUACAGGACAAAAUGAAGCUGCUGCAGAAACAUCAGGUCUUUGAGGCAGAGAUUCUAGCGAAUGAAGAAAUCAUCACAGCUGUUAAUAAGAAAGGAGAAGCCCUGGUACUAAAAGCCCACCCAAAAUCAGGAGAGAUUCGUCGCCAAGUCCGCAUGCUUCAGGAGCAUUGGGAGAAGUUGAAGAAAGCUGUUGCUGCCCGUGGAAAGAUGCUGGAGGACAGCCGGGACUUCCUGGAAUUUCUCCAGAAGGUGGAUCAGGUGGAAGCCUGGAUCAGGGAGAAGGAAGUCAUGAUUAAUGUAGGUGAUGUGGGAAAUGACUAUGAACACUGCCUGCAGCUCAUGAAAAAGCUGAAUGAGUUCCGUGGAGCAACAUCAGGGGAGAUGACAGUGGACGAUGCUCACAUCAGGGCUAUCAAUGCCCUGGCCAUGAAACUGGAGAGAAAAAACAAGGAAGAAACAAAGACAAUAUAUGAGCGCCGGAAGCAGCUCAAUGAGAAGUGGAAUAGUUUCCAUGGUAACCUGAAUACAUACAGGAAGAAGUUAGAGGGAGCCCUAGAGAUUCAUGCUUUAAUCAGAGAAAUUGAUGACAUCACAGAGAGAAUUACCGAGAAGAGUGUACUAAUACAAGCACUGGAUUAUGGGAAAGAUGUGGAAAGUGUGGAAAACCUGAUUCGAAGGCAUGAAGAGAUGGAGAGAGAAAUCAGUGUUAUUAAGUCCAAAAUGGAGCCAUUGGAAUUGGAAUAUUUCCGCCUUUCCACAAGGAAUCCAUCCAUAAAUGACAAACUGACUACAAAGCAACAGGAGAUGAAAAACAACUGGCUACGACUCCAGGGACAAGCCAAGCAAAGGAAGGAGAAGCUGGCAGCCUCAUAUAAGUUGCAGAAGUUUAACAUGGAGAUGAAGGAGAUGCUAGAUUGGACCCAAAACAUCAGAGGCUUAAUGGAAGCAGGGGGGCUUCCUAAAAGUACAAAUGAAGCAGAAAGCAUGAUUGAGGAGCACCAGGAGAGAAAGGAGGAGAUUGAAGCACGAGUGGAAAGUUUCAACUCUCUCAGUAGCUAUGGUCAAGAACUUGCCAAUUCUGGUCACUAUGCAACCCCUGAGAUCCACCAAUCCCUCUCCAGACUACAGCAAGCCUGGUCUGAAUUGAUCCAAGCAUGGCAGGAACAACAUAUAAAAUUGCUUCAGGCGCAAGAUUUACAGAAAUUCUACGGCUAUGUGGAACAAACUGAGAGCUGGCUCAGCAGCAAAGAGGCUUUCUUGGCCAAUGAGGACUUAGGGGACUCGGUGUCUAGUGUGGAGAGCCUACAGCGGAAACACACGCAGUUUGAAAAAGCCCUGGAAGCUCAGAUGGAGAAAAUUGAUGAGAUGGCUUCAUUUGCUCAGCAGCUAACACAAAACAAGCAUUAUGACUCGGACAACAUCACCAACAGAUGCCAGGCCGUUCUGAGGAGAAAAGAGAAACUUCUGGAGAAUGCUGCUGCUCGCAGACAUCUGCUAGAGGAAUCAAGGCUUCUGCAGAAGUUGCUGAGGAAUUCCUUUGAGGUGGCUGCCUGGAUCAAUGAGAAGAACAACAUUGCCCAGGAUGAUAGCUGGAAGGAUCCAAGCAAUCUUCAGACCAAACUGCAGAAGCAUCAGACUUUCCAAGCAGAGAUCAUGGCCAAUAGAAAUCGCCUCGACUCCAUCAAAUCUGAAGGAGAGAAGAUGCUCCGUCAGAAGCAUUAUGCCCCUGAAGCCAUUCAGUCCAGACUACAAGAAAUGGAAGAACUAUGGGAGGAACUGCUAGCAAGUUGCCAGGAUAAACGGACCAAGCUGCAGGAUGCUUACAAGGGCCUUCAUUUUCAGCGAAGUAUAGAGGAUAUGGAGAAAUGGUUGGAAGAUGUGGAAAAUGAGUUGAAAGCACCAUAUAGUAACAAUGAUCUGGUGGUUUUGAACAGUCAUCUGAAGAAACAAGAGGAACUGGAGGCAGAUAUUGCUGGCCAUGGGGACCGGCUACAAGAGCUUGUGGUCACAGCUCAGCAGUUCCAGAAAGAGAAGCAUUUCCUUGCUGAUGAACUAGAAGAGAGAGUGGAUCAACUGGUGCAGAGGUACAAAAGUCUACGUGAUCCACUGCAGGAGAGACGUGCGAGUCUGGAGGCAAGCAGACUUCAGUACCAGUUCUUCCGAGAUGUUGAUGAGGAGUUGGCCUGGGUUCAUGAGAAACUCCCCAUGGCUUCCUCCAGGGAUUACGGCCAAUCCCUGGCAACUGUUCAGAGUCUACAAGAAAAGCACCAGAAUUUGGAGAAUGAGAUAAGCAGUCGGGAUGCUUUGACCAAAGCAGUGCUCAGUACAGGGCAAAAACUGGUAAGAGGAGGCCACUCAGCCUCUCGCAAGAUUAUGGAGCAUCUGAAGGAGCUUGAGACUUCUGUAGAAACCUUGAAGGCAGAAGCUCAAGAGAGGAGACAGCGGCUCAUACAGUCAUAUGAGGCCCAUCAGUUCCUGAAUGAGCUACUGGAGGUGGAGGCAUGGCUGGCAGAGAGGAGCUUCAUUCUGGAAACCUCUGAUUAUGGAAAGAAUGAAGAGUCCACACAAGCUUUACUUCGUAAACUUGAAGCUACCAAGCUGGACAUGGAUGGUUUUAGGCCCCGGAUCGAGAAAGUACAGGAGACGGGUGCCAGCUUAAUAAACAAAGACAGCCCAGAGAGUUCAGCCAUACUUUCAAAGCUCCAGGGGAUCAUAGCAGACUAUCAGUCUCUCCUACAGAAGGCUGAGUCCCAGAGAAAAUGCCUGCAAGAACAAUUCCAGGUCUAUCAGUUUGAAAGAGAAUUCCAGCUGGUGGAUGCAUGGCUUUCCAGUAAACAGUCUGUAGCAGAGUCCGACGACUAUGGGCAGGACUUAGAUGAUGUUGAGGUGCUGGAGAAAAAGUUUAAAGAUUUUGUAAACGAGGUGAAACCUCUGGGACAUUCCAAAGUUGUUUCCUUAAAUGAGUUAGCAUCUAAACUAGAGAAGGAAGGCCACAGCAAGAUGGACAUUAUCCGGAAAAGAACAAAGCAAAUCAAUGAGACAUGGGAGAAACUAUGCCAUGCCAUCCAGUCAAGGACAGAGAAUCUAAGAGCAGCCCGGCAAGUUCACCAGUAUGAUCAUGAUGUGGAUGAAGUAAAGGGCUGGAUGCAGGAAAAAGAGGCAGUAGUGGAUAUAGAAGAUUACGGAUAUGAUCUCCCAGGUGUACAGACACUUCUCAGCCAGCUUGAGGGAGUAGAGAGAGAUCUAGGAGCCAUCAUGAAAGAGCUAGAACGGAUUCGAGGAGAGGCUUGGCACCUCAGCCGCACAUACCCUCAAGUCAAGGAAAACAUCAUGGAGAGACUCACAGAUGUGGAUGAGUGCUGGGAAAGCCUGGACAAGAAGUUUCUGGAGAGGAAGGCAAGACUGAGCCAGGCAGAACAAGUCCAGCUCUACUUCAAUGACUGCAGAGAACUGAUGGCCUGGGCCAAUGAGAUGCAUGCACUAGUGAUAUCUGAGGAACUGGCAAACGAUGUCCUGGGAGCUGAACUGCUUAUCAAGCGCCAUGAGGAAUAUAAGCGUGAGAUAGAAAAGCAGUGGCUAAAGUACGAAGAAAUGCAGCAGGCAGGAGGUGACCUGAUGAAGAAUGGACAUUUCAUGUCUGUGGAGAUUGAAGAAAAACUGUUAGAACUGUCAGAGCUGAUGAAGAAGGUAAAGGAGAGCUGGGACAUGAGGAAAGAGUUAUAUAAAGAAAACUGGGAGAUUCAAUUGCUCCGCAGAGAGUUAGAACAAGCAGAAGCAUGGCUGACUGCCAAGGAGAGCUUUCUUUCAGAUCCUAGCUAUGGGGAUUCAGUGUCUGAAGUAGAGGAUUUACUGAAGAAACAUCAUGAUUUUGAGAAGAUGCUUGCAGCUCAGGAGGAGAAAUUUGCUCAGCUGUCUCAAAAGAGCAGAAGGGAGAUGAAUAUUCCGAAACAAGUGGACACAGAAGAGACUGAGCAGAAGGAUAAAGGCAAAGUUGUACGGGUUCCCUCUCUGAAAAGAAAAACAUCUGACAAAAGGAAUACACGACCACAAGUGACUGAGAUAAAGAGCACAACGCCACCGCCAUCUGGGCCCUUACCCAGCCUGUCCCAGAGGGCCACACUUGAAACUAUUUUCUCCCCUGUUGAAAAGUCUCCAUCGACAUUCCAACAAUUCACUGCUGGGGGACUCCCAGAAGUGCUGAGCAGCAACAAAACAGAAACGAAAGCUGAGAAGAGGCUCAGUGAGAUUAUCACUCCACCUACACCGACGACAGUGGGUCCACAAGCUACAUCUUUGGAAAGUCGAAGUUCUUUAAACUCUCCUUUAUCUCCUACUCCCAUAAGCCAGCAACGCAGCAGCAGUUUGUCAGAAUCGCAUGCCACAGGGCUUUUAUCACCUCAGGAAAAAAGUGCUAAAGGCUCCUCUUCCUCCAACCUGCAGACAAAACUAAUGGCAACUCCAUCUGAGCCUGACCAAAGGUCACUAGAUAAACAACCAAACUCACUGCUGUCUAACUCCUCUUGGGAGAGAUUAGAAAAUACAUCUUCGGUUUCUUCAAGUCUCCAGCACAUGGAGGGGUUCCUAGAAAAGAGAGACCAGCUCCUUCCAGGAAGACAACAGCCAAGCUCAAGGUCUUGGAAAUCCUUCUAUGCAAAACUUGAUGGCUUGAAGUUGGAUUUCUAUAAUGAUGAAAAAGAAGCAUCUAAGAACGUACCCACACUCCUGUCCCUCAGCAUUCCUGGUGCCAAAUGUGACAGGCUGGUAAAUUACAUCAGGAAAGAGAACGCCUUCAUGUUGCGGCUGAGAGAUGGGGCAGAGUAUUUCUUCGCAGCACCUUCUCAGACACUGAUGGAGGACUGGCUGCAAUCACUACAAAAUAAUAUAGGACACAGUAACAGAUCGCAUUCCUCAAUGACGCCGCAGCCUUUUGCUCCAAACACAGAGACCUCCCAGACAAGAAUGUGGGACUUUCCAGUAAGAGACUCUGCUGAAAAACUAACCAGCAAAAGCUCACUCCUGAGGAGAACACCAUCCUUCAAAAUCAAACCAGACAGAGCGUCUGCAGAAUUUUCCCGAAAUUUUAAGGGAGAUGGGACUGCUGUGACACGAGCCUCCAUCACCACUCUGAGUUUAGAACAAAGUGGUAAUAAACCAAAACUGCAUCCAUCUCUACUAGAAGCAGAAAAAGAAAAAUGA